AUGCCCAUUAAACAGCAAAUUCAACCGUCAGCGACUCUGAACGCAACGCAAACAGAGAUGGACUUCCUCGACUCCUCCUUCUUCACCAAAGCAGGCCAUAAGAGCUUGCCAACCGCUGCAGAGGUUGGCUCCCUCUCAGAACAGUUCAACAAACAUCCACGGCCCGCACCAGUUAAAUUUGAGCAUCUAAAUCUUCUCGUCAAGUUUGGGCCGUCUGUGGCGGUUGAAGAAGCCCUAACUCUCCGCAUGCUUCGAACCUCUUUCGCUGAGAAGAUACCUGUCCCGGAGGUGUAUGGUUGGAGAGUUUAUCAAAAUUCUGUGUUCAUUUAUAUGGAGCUUAUUCAGGGAGACACGCUAUAUGAUCGAUGGGAUUCUCUCAAUGAGCCGGAUAGGAACUUUAUUUGCGGCCAGUUACGGGAGAUUAUUUCUUCCCUUCGGCAAAUUGAGCCAGAUCCUUGCGACUCAUUUAUCGGACCUUUUAAAAAUGUGAAAGCAUUCAACGACUGGUUUUCUUCUCUGCCUCAAAGCUGGCUUCCUGAUUCGAAGAGAUAUCGGGAUCCUUAUCGAGACUACCUACCAGACGAUGGGGCCAUCAGGUUGACUCAUGGAGACUUGCAUCGGGGUAAUAUUCUAAUUUCACCAGCUGGUCGCCCACGUGUCCUUGCUGUAGUUGAUUGGGCUCAUGCUGCCUGGUACCCAGAAUACUGGGAGUAUUGCAAGGCCUUAUACACAUCAGACUAUAAGGGGGAAUGGCGCAAUGUUUGGAUUCCCAAAUUCUUAACUGCGGACGAGGCUGAGUUCGCUGCUUUCGGUGAAUACGUGCUGCAGAUUGGAGCAGUAUAA